UCUCACUCUCUCUCUCUCUCCCUUUGUGUCUCUUUGUACUUUUCUGCACCCCUGAAGUGCAUGUUUAAUCCUUGAGCUUGCUCUGAUCACGCAAUCACGCAAGUCUGCCUAUCUGCGUUGCAUUCUCACACUCACACACACACUAACAUUUGCCUGGCAGGGGGUUAAGCAUAUGCUAGAGGGUUCAGGUCUUUUGGUGUGUCUUGUUUUAGUCUAACCCCAACAGGCAGGCAUGCAGUAACUGGACAUGCACUAUGCCACACACGCAUGGGGGAAAAAGAUUGCACACGCAUUACACGCACACAGGAGUACAAGAUUACACGCACACACUCACUCAUCAUUCUGGUCUGUUGCGGAUGUUUAUUUUAAAAAACCUUGUAGUCUGAUUUUUGUAGAUCGUGUAGCAAUAUGUCCAUUCUUUCUGUGUACUUUUGUACUUAAUUUACUUAUUUGUGCAUGACAAAGUAUGCCUGAUAGGAGUUCAACCGGUUUCUGUGCAAUUUCAAUAUGUCGUCUGCAGCACAAGACAACAAGGGUAACGUGCACUUCCUGAUGUUUCUGGUUUGCCAAUGCUUUGAAUUAAACGCUUGUCUUUCCUGAAGAGAAGCAAUUACAGUGACACCAUACUGGAAUAAUUAAUGGGUGAAGAUCGUCCUCUAGUGGACUUGAAGUAUAAUUGCAAGGCGAUCAACGAAGAGGAACCCCAUAGUGACAACUUCCGUACAAUCACGGUCGACUUCCGUGUUUGUGCUGACGCGUCGUAAGCUUUUUCAAACCCUCUGUGCACCUACGUGUCAGUCUUCUUUCAGCGUAAAGCUCGAGACUACCGGUCAUCUACGAGCCAUGGCACCCAAAGGUAGCAACAAACAGCAAUCCGAGGAAGAUCUUCUGCUUCAAGACUUUAGCAGAAAUCUUUCUGCCAAGUCCACCGCGCUUUUUUACGGGAAUGCACUCAUCGUCUCAGCGAUUCCCAUUUGGUUGUUCUGGAGGAUCUGGCACAUGGACCUGGUCCAGUCCGCGGUCCUGUACGGAGUCAUGACCCUCGUCAGCACGUACUUGGUGGCCUUCGCCUACAAGAACGUCAAAUUCGUCCUCAAGCACAAAGUGGCUCAGAAGCGUGAAGAUGCCGUCUCCAAGGAGGUAACCAGGAAGUUGUCCGAGGCCGACAACCGCAAGAUGUCCCGCAAGGAGAAGGACGAGCGGAUCCUGUGGAAGAAGAACGAGGUUGCUGACUAUGAGGCCACCACCUUCUCCAUCUUCUACAAUAACACCCUCUUCCUCGUCCUAGUCAUCAUCGCCUCCUUCUUCCUGCUCAGGAACUUCAACCCCACCGUUAACUACAUCCUGUCUAUCAGUGCCUCUUCUGGCCUCAUUGCCCUGCUGUCUACCGGAUCCAAGUAAAGGAGGAACGGAAUAAGUGAACAAAUGAAAAGAACGACUGAAGAUAAGGGGACAAGCUGUCGUUGGCUGGGAGGAUGGAGGUUGUGGGGGGUGGGACGGCAAAGUUAAGGGUUCAUUAUUUUGUAAUGGAUGUGGGGAUGAUGUUUGUAAUGGGGUAGUGGGGGGAGUCAAAAAGAAAUGGCCAUUUCAGAUAUGGGCUUUCAUGGAAUUCAUGACCAAGCGUCUGGAGGUGGUUUCACGUCUAUCCUUUUUUCUUUUGUAUGCUAAUAAAAGUGUCUGGAUCUGAA